UAUAUAGAUACAGAAAUAUAUGUAUGAUACAAUAUAUAUAUGCAUAGAGAGAGAGAGCUUGACAUUCUAGCUUCUUUCUCUCUCUACAGUUUCCGCCAAUGAAGGAGAGAGAAAAUCCUCUCCGCAGUUCUACCACCGUCGCCGUUGAUUCUCAUUCCAUUUGAUGACGAAGGUCAACCACGCCGUCGUCGUCGUCGUCGUCAUUUUCACUCUCGCUGCCGUUCUAUCGCCGCCAAUUUCAGUCCAUGGCCUCGGCGGCUCCGCCACCACCGUCGCGGUCACCUACGGCGGCGCCUCCAACGCCACCGUGUGCGUCAUCGUCGCCGAGCAGCAAACUCGGCGAAUCCAAUGCUGGCGAAACUUCCAAGUCAUCGACGUCGAGCCGAACAUCUCCUUCGAGUCCAUCGCCGGCGGCCGGGACUUCUUCUGCGGGCUGAGGUCAGGCGGCUUCAGCCUCCUCUGCUGGAACUCCACCUUCGGCGCCAAAAGAAUCUACUUCAACACCUCAAUUCUACUCCAAGAUCUCACAAUCGGCGACGGUCAAAUUUGCGCUCUGAGGAACGGUACUCGAAAUGUUAUAUGCUGGAGAGGCGAUACUUCGGCGGCUCAAUUGCCGAACAUGACCUAUCGAUUCCGGUCAAUUUCCUCUGGAUUAGGGUUUUCGUGUGGAGUUUUGAAUGAUACUAGCAGAGUCACUUGUUGGGGUAGUAACCAGAUUGCAUCUACAAUUGAAGAUCAGUUUUCAAAUGUAUCAAUGUUGAAUAUUGCAGUUGGAGGCAAUCAUGCUUGUGGAUUGAAUUCCACAGGGUUUAUAGUAUGUAAAGGACUCAAUAGCUCUGGUCAAUUAGAUGUUCCUUCAUCCAAUUCACCAUAUGAGUAUUCCGGGUUAGCUCUUGGGGCAAAUCAUAGCUGUGCCAUUCGGAGAUCGAAUCAUUCAGUGGUUUGUUGGGGCGGAGAGUUAGGGUUAGGGUUUUGGAGCAAUGUUUCAAAUAGGGUUUCAUUUGAAUCCAUUGUUGCAGGAUUGGAUUUCACUUGUGGAGUAACGACAAGCAAUUUAUCAAUAAUUUGUUGGGGGCAAGGUUGGGAUGUUGUUGAGCUUUCUUCAUUGGCAAAGGUUCUUCCAGGGCCAUGUGUUGAUGAGUCUACAUGUCAUUGCGGUAUAUAUCCUCUGUCUCAAACACUCUGUUCAAAUUCUGGUACUACUAUAUGUAGCCCUUGUGAUUUAUCAAUCCCAAUGCCACCAACUUCGCCACCACCACCACCAAUACCAUCACCAUCACCUUCCUCUUCACCAUCCUCUCCGUCCAGAGGUUUGAGAAAGGGUUUAUUAGCUUUCGCCAUCGUCGGAUCGAUUGGGGCUGUUUCGGGUAUUUGUACUAUAAUUUAUUGUUUGUGGACUGGUGUUUGUUGUGGGCACAAGAAAAUUCAUAAUUCAGUGCAACCCACUAUUACUGGCAACAAUUCUAACGGUGGCCAGACAUCCAAUAACAGUCCACCUUCAAGAUCAGCCACCAUUAGGCGCCAGAGCUCGAGAGCAAUGAGGCGCCAGAGGAGUGGAACCUCCUCGAAACAUGCAGACAGAGCAGAAGAAUUUACAUUCUCGGACCUCGUUGCAGCCACUGACAAUUUCUCACUAGAGAAUAAGAUUGGGGCAGGAAGCUUUGGUGUUGUGUACAAAGGCAAAUUAAUUGAUGGGAGAGAAGUUGCCAUUAAAAGGGGAGAAACAAGUCCCAAGAUGAAGAAGUUCCAAGAGAAAGAAAGUGCAUUUGAUUCAGAAUUGGUGUUUUUGUCCAGACUUCACCACAAACACUUGGUCAGGCUUGUUGGGUAUUGCGAGGAGAGGGAUGAGAGGCUGUUGGUGUACGAGUACAUGAAGAAUGGUGCACUAUAUAAUCAUUUGCAUGACAAGAACAAUGUGGAAAAGAGUAGCAGUCUAUUGAAUUCCUGGAAAAUGAGGAUCAAGAUUUCAUUGGAUGCAGCUCGAGGCAUCGAAUACCUCCACAAUUACGCAGUUCCACCUAUCAUCCAUCGCGACAUCAAGUCUUCUAACAUUCUGCUCGACGCGAAUUGGACUGCUAGAGUGUCUGAUUUUGGAUUGUCACUGAUGGGUCCUGAGUCAGACCGCGAUUAUAGACCAAUGAAGGCAGCAGGGACAGUUGGGUACAUUGAUCCAGAGUACUAUGGCCUAAAUGUGUUGACGGCAAAAAGUGAUGUCUAUGGCCUUGGAGUGGUAUUGCUUGAGCUUCUGACAGGAAAAAGAGCUAUAUUCAAGACCGGUGAUAAUGGGGGAGCACCAGUAAGUGUGGUGGACUAUGCGGUGCCAACAAUUAUGAUCGGAGAAUGGGUGAAGAUUUUGGACCCUAGGGUCGGGCCACCGGAACUAAACGAAGCAGAGGCAGUUGAGCUGGUGGCAUACACUGCAGCACAUUGUGUGAAUUUGGAGGGGAGAGACAGGCCAACCAUGGCUGACAUUGUUGCUAAUUUGGAGCGAGCAUUGAGUCUCUGUGAUGGUAGCCAUGGCAGCAUCUCUAGUGGUCCAAUUUCCAAUAUUUCAGAAUGAAAUUCAUAACCCAAAAAAAAAAAAAAAAUGGAAUUCAUUUAUUUUUCUUCUUGCUAUUAGCAAUUUUUUAGUUAAUUUAUGCGGGUAUACUUUUGGAAUGUAAAGAGUAGGGGUUUGAAACUUUGAUCUAACAUGAGCUGUAGGUAGGUUUUUGUUUACACUGACAACCAAAAGAUUACCGGAUUUAUUUUUUAAGGAGAAAAGACUACAUUUUUCUUUA